CUUCCGGUUGUUUUGAACUGAAAUUGUAAACAACAUGAACUUUUCAAAACACAUUUUCCCAUCUAUAAAACAACUGUCACGCUCAAGCAAUUACAGAAUUGGUUACAGAUUACACAAAAUUCCAUGCACCUGCAGUUUGCAUCAUCGGUUCUUCGCAUCUAAUGCAUACGAUGACAAUUUUUCACGCUCUAUCAAUUCCUCAGAGGAUUUUUGGGCCGAGCAGGCAGAACAAAUAGUUUGGCAUAAAAAAUGGGACAAAGUACUCGACAACUCAAACCCACCUUUUAGUAGAUGGUUUGUCGGUGGAGAACUGAAUACAUGUUACAAUGCUGUGGAUCGCCAUGUUGAAGCUGGUAAUGGAGAACAAAUGGCCAUUAUAUAUGACAGUCCAAUAACUAAACAAGUACAACAUAUUACUUACAAGGAACUUCUUGAUGAGGUCAGUAAAUUUGCCUGUGUAUUGAGGAAGUACGGUGUUGAGAAAGGAGAUAGGGUACUUAUAUAUAUGCCAAUGAUACCCCAGGCAGUCAUCUCUAUGUUAGCAUCAGCUAGAAUAGGAGCUAUACACUCACUUGUUUUUGGUGGAUUUGCUGCAAAAGAACUUGGUACUCGAAUUGAUCAUGCGAAGCCAAAAGUUGUAGUAAGUGCUAGCUGUGGGGUAGAACCAGGAAAACCUGUGCCUUAUAAACCAAUGUUAGAUGGAGCACUUUCACUGAUUGACUUCAAACCUAAUAAAUGUAUCAUUUAUAACAGACCUGGGUUUCAAAUAGCUGCACUGAACCAUAAGAUGGAUGUUGAUUGGGAGUUAGAAAUGUUAGAAGCUUCACCUGUUGACUGUGUCCCUGUCCUGGCCACUGAUCCUAUUUAUAUUCUGUAUACAUCAGGAACAACAGGUUUACCUAAGGCUGUAGUAAGACCCAGUGGUGGACAUGCAGUGGUACUGAAGUGGUCAAUGUGGAAUAUAUAUGGACUUAAACCAAAAGAUGUAUGGUGGGCAGCAUCUGACCUUGGAUGGGUUGUAGGACAUUCAUAUAUAGCAUAUGCACCUUUGCUCAAUGGUAAUACAACUAUUUUGUUUGAGGGAAAACCUGUAGGAACCCCUGAUCCAGGAGUGUAUUUCAGAAUUCUGAGGGAGCAUGAUGUGAAGGCCAUGUUUGUAGCCCCUACAGCCCUCAGGGCUGUUAGGAGAGAAGAUCCAGAGGCUGACUAUGCUAAAAAGUAUAAACCUUUACAUGAGUUCCAGGCAUUAUUUGUAGCAGGGGAGCAUUGUGAUAAAGAGACAAUGGAAUGGUCCAGGAAUGCUUUGGAAGGCAAACCUGUUUUAGAUAACUGGUGGCAAACAGAGACUGGUUGGGCUAUAACUUCAACAUGUGCUGGUAUGGGAAUGAAUCUAAAACCACCAACUGGUACUGCUGGUAAAGCUGUUCCUGGCUGGGAUGUGAAAGUUUUGAGGAAAGAUUUAACCCCAGCAGAACCAGGAGAACUGGGUCAAAUUGCUGUAAAGCUGCCUUUACCACCUGGAGCUUUCAGCACACUGUGGGAGAGUGAGGAGAGAUUCAAAGAUACUUAUUACAAGACAAUACCAGGGUAUUAUGACACAAUGGAUGCAGGGUUUAUGGAUGAAGAAGGGUAUGUAAGUGUAAUGGCUAGAACGGACGAUGUUAUCAAUGUAGCAGGACACAGAUUAUCUACUGGUCAACUUGAAGAGGCCAUGCUAGAAAGUGAAUAUUUAGCAGAAGCAGCAGUAGUUGGAAUACCUGAUGAAUUGAAAGGAGAAGUUCCACUUGGGCUGUGUGUUCUAAAACAUGGAAUAACUGUAGAUAAUGAGAAGAUAUUUGACAAUGUACGAGGUCAAGUUAGGAAGAAUAUUGGACCUGUUGCUAGCUUCAAUCUUAUGGUGGUUGUACCCAAGCUUCCAAAGACAAGAUCAGGGAAAAUUGCCAGGAAUACCAUUGCUGCAAUGGCUGCUGGGAAAGAAUAUAAGAUACCAGUGACUAUAGAAGAUGCUUCAGUAUAUCCUGCCAUCCAGUCAGCAUUGGAGAUCAUCGGUUAUCCUAAAAGUUGGUGAACAUUUCACUGUUGUGUAAUGUGUAUACCACUAAUAAUUUUUGUCUCGUCUGCAAUGAAAGUCACGGAAAGCGAGACAUAGUGAUUGCUUUUCCUGCAGCGACAGCUCCUGCGUCAACAAUUGUUAAGUUUUCUGCUUAAGUUAAUUUGAUAGGUACUACUUGUAAUAGAUCAUUGAUAUUUAAUAUAAAGUUGCAUUACUGUCAGUACAUAUCAGUUUGAUGACUAUUUUGAGGCCCUGCCGCCUAGGACAUGGUCCAGUGACUUUGAAUAAAUUAGCAACUUUCAAUGUUAAGUUAUCUGCUAAAAUUAGUUUGGUAGGAUCUACUUGUGAAAGAUCAAUGAUAUUUUGUAUGAAGUCGCAUUACUAUCAGUACAUAUCAGUUUGACAACUAUUUUGAGGCCCUGCCACCUAGGACAUGGUCCAGUGACUUUUAUUUCAUUAGCAAUUUUCAAUGUUAAGUUAGUUUGAUAGGAUCUACUUGUGAUAGAUCAAUGAUAUUUUGUAUGAAGUUGCAUUACUAUCAGUUCAUAUCAGUUUUGAUGACUUUUUCGAGGCCCUGCCCCUAGGUCAUGGUCCAGUAACUUUGAAUUAAUUAGCAAUUUUCAAUGUAAAGUUUUUCUGCUUAAGUCAGUUUGAUAAUAACUACUUGUGAUAGAUCAAUGAUAUUUUGUAUAAAGUUACAUUGCUGUCUGUACAUCUCAUUUUGUCGACCAUUAUCAGGCCCUGCCAACUAGAUCAUGGUCCAGUGACUGAAUUAAUAAGC